UACAAAGUUGUCUGCUUUUUUACCUGAAGUUUCAGUUUUUUCAAGGAAAUUGAUUCUUCCAAGAAAUCACUUUUUUUGGUCUCUUUCAACAGUUCCUUAGGAAUCUGAAAGAAUCAGUGCUCUGUGUGUUACAUAUUCUUGCAUUCUUUUUCUAAAAAAAAGUGCAUGCGUAUAACUAUGAAGACAAGAAAUUGGAGGUCCUUAUGAAAUGUGUUUGGUUUCUAACACAGUGUGCUGAGGUCAUUUCUGAUGUGGCUUCUAUUGCUAACGGCCCUAGUGUUCCUCCAGUAGUGGUAAUGUUUUCAGGAUUGUGAAAGUAGACCUUUAUAUUAAAUUUCUGAAUAUGGAAAUGCUUCUACAGGCUCCUAAUUUUCUCCCAUAUCACAUUUCAGUUGAGAGCUCCUAUUUUCAUGUAUAUAUCCUCACACCCAAAUUCACUCACUAUUUAAGUUUGAAAUUUAUCUUUUGAAGUUUUUUUUUUCCACAAAGAAACUAAGUUUUUAUCACCUCUUGAGACUGGUAAUAUAUAAACAACUGUGAAGAGAACUGCAAAGCUGAGUGGAAAUGUGGUUUCCUGACUAUCAUCAGCUAGCUAUGCUUAUUUCUUCUACCCACCAAGCUCCCACCCUGCCACAGCAAUAAAAAUACAUAUCCCAACAGAUUUAUAAAUUGCUGUAUAUUAAGUCCACAAAUAAAAGCCAAGAGCCUCUUGGAGGACACAAUCUCUUUUCCACCUUUACUUCCUGUGACUUUUGAAUACCCUUGGCUGCUUCAGGGCCUUGAUUUCUCAAUAAAAUUUAAAAUUGACCUGAUACACAGUACAGACCAAAACAAAACAUUUUGAUGAAUGAAUAGGAUCCAGUUGUCAGUUUGUAAAUGAUCAUAUUCCUUCUUUUCCUGGUAGGAUUUUUAUACUCUGAGGAGCACUUGGAACUAAUCCACAUCAUGGAAAUGGAAACCACUGAACCUGAGCCAGAAUGUGUAGUGCAGCCUCCCUCUCCAGCUGAUGAUUUUUCAUGCCAAAUGAGACUCUCUGAGAAGAUCACUCCACUGAAGACUUGUUUUAAGAAAAAGCAGGAUCAGAAGAGACUGGGAACUGGAACUCUGAGGUCUUUGAGGCCAAUAUUAAACACUUUGCUAGAAUCUGGCUCACUUGAUGGGGUUUUUAGACCUAGAAACCAGAGUGCAGAUGAGAGUAGCUUACAUGAACCUAUUGUGAAAAAAACCCUGGAAAUAAAUCCAUCAUGCCCACCGACAGAAAACAAUAUGUCUGUUCUGAUUCCUGAUGGAACAAAUGUUGGGGGCCAAAUGCCAGAAGCCCAUCCUUCCACCGAUGCUCCGGAACGAGUGGUUCCAAUCCAGGAUCAUCGCUUUCCACCAGAAACCAUCAGUGGGACAGUGGCAGAUUCGACAGCUGGGCACUUUCAGACUGACCUUUUGCACCCAGUUUCAAGCGAUGCUCCUGCUAGUCCUGACUGCAUAGACAAAGUCAUGGAUUAUGUUCCAGGGGUUUUCCAAGACAACAGUUUUACAAUCCAGUACAUUUUGGACACCAGUGAUAAGUUGAGUACUGAGCUCUUCCAGGACAAAAGUGAAGAGGCUUCCCUUGACCUCGUGUUUGAGUUGGUGAACCAGCUCCAGUACCACACUCAUCAAGAGAAUGGAAUUGAAAUUUGCAUGGACUUUUUGCAAGGCACUUGUAUUUAUGGCAGGGAUUGUUUGAAGCACCACACGGUCUUGCCAUAUCACUGGCAGAUCAAGAGGACAACUACUCAGAAGUGGCAGAGUGUAUCCAAUGAUUCCCAGGAACACUUGGAAAGAUUUUACUGUAACCCCGAAAAUGAUAGAAUGAGAAUGAAGUAUGGAGGACAAGAAUUUUGGGCAGAUUUGAAUGCCAUGAAUGUAUAUGAAGCAACUGAAUUUGACCAGUUACGAAGACUAUCCACGCCACCCUCUAGCAAUGUCAACUCCAUUUACCACACAGUCUGGAAAUAUUUCUGUAGGGACCACUUUGGAUGGAGAGAAUAUCCUGAGUCUGUUAUUCGAUUAAUUGAAGAAGCCAAUUCUCGGGGUCUGAAAGAAGUCCGAUUUAUGAUGUGGAACAACCACUACAUCCUUCACAACUCAUUCUUCAGGAGAGAAAUAAAAAGGAGACCUCUCUUCCGUUCCUGUUUUGUACUGCUUCCAUAUUUACAGACACUUGGUGGUGUCCCCACACAAGCUCCUCCACCUCUUGAAACAACUUCCUCAUCACAGAUCAUCUGCCCAGAUGGGGUCACCUCGGCAAACUUUUACCCUGAAACUUGGGUUUAUAUGCAUCCAUCUCAGGACUUCAUCCAAGUGCCUGUUUCUGCAGAGGACAAAAGUUAUCGAAUCAUUUAUAAUCUCUUUCAUAAAACUGUGCCUGAGUUUAAAUAUAGAAUUUUGCAAAUAUUGAGAGUCCAAAAUCAGUUUCUUUGGGAGAAAUAUAAAAGGAAAAAGGAAUAUAUGAACAGGAAAAUGUUUGGCCGUGACAGAAUCAUAAACGAGAGACAUUUAUUUCAUGGAACAUCCCAGGAUGUGGUAGAUGGAAUCUGUAAGCACAACUUUGAUCCUCGAGUCUGUGGGAAGCACGCCACCAUGUUUGGACAAGGCAGUUAUUUUGCAAAGAAGGCAAGCUACUCUCAUAACUUUUCCAAGAAGUCUUCCAAAGGAGUCCAUUUCAUGUUUCUGGCCAAAGUGCUAACUGGCAGAUACACAGUGGGCAGUCACGGCAUGAGAAGGCCACCUCCCGUCAAUCCUGGCAGUGUCACCAGUGACCUGUAUGACUCCUGUGUGGAUAAUUUCUUUGAGCCUCAGAUAUUUGUCAUUUUUAAUGAUGACCAGAGUUACCCUUAUUUUGUUAUCCAAUAUGAAGAAGUCAGUAACACUGUUUCCAUUUGAAAAAUCCUGAUACUGCUAAAUUAUUUGAUAUGGACUCAAUCCAGCAUUUGUAGCAGGUUUUGAAUG